CUUCUUCUUCUUCCUCCUCUUCACGGCGAUGGCCUUCUCUGCAACCUCUCUAUCCUCAUUUUCCUCACUCUCCAUCCGUACAACUCGAUUCUCUGUCCUCAACCAACACCCACUUCCUAACAACCUCACUCCCAAAUCCAAAGCCUCGAAACCUUUUCCUGUCUUCCCCUUUAAACUCACAUCCACCACCAAACUUAAAGCCGCCGACUCCGAAACCACUUUCUUCGAAGACCCCAGCCUCCAGGAAGAAGUCGUUUUCGAACCCACCCCACCCCCAGAAGGCUUCGUCCCACCUCCCUCCUUUGACGAUGGCCCUAUGGAAACCGAGGACGAAAUUGCCUCCGCUUACGAAGAAAUCUACGGCCCCGCAUACAGUGGAGUCAGCUUGUUGGGCAAUGAUCCCUUUGUGAUGGACUCUAAAAUGAAAAAAUCAACAGGGUUUGGCUCCAAAGUGAAGAAAGAGAAGGUGCGAGAUGGGUUCGAAGAACGGGUGGUUCAGGUGAGAAGGGUCACCAAGGUGGUGAAGGGUGGGAAGCAAUUGCAUUUUAGGGCUGUUGUUGUUGUGGGUGAUAAGCAGGGCCAAGUGGGUGUCGGUGUUGGCAAAGCUAAAGAGGUUAUAGCGGCGGUUCAGAAAUCGGCCACCAAUGCUCGCCGGAACAUAAUUACGGUACCCAUGACCAAGUACUUGACGUUCCCGCAUAGAGCUGAUGGAGAUUAUGGGGCAGCAAAGGUGAUGCUUAGACCAGCUUCUCCUGGAACUGGGGUCAUUGCUGGAGGCGCUGUCAGGAUUGUUCUAGAAAUGGCAGGUGUUGAGAAUGCUUUGGGAAAACAAAUAAGGAGUAAAAAUGCCCUCAACAAUGCCAGAGCCACAGUUGUUGCUGUGCAGAAAAUGAGGCAAUUCAGUGAUGUUGCUCGUGAGCGUGGGAUCCCUAUGGAGGAACUCUGGAAGUGAUGAGACAAGUAGAAGCCAUUUGUUUGAGUUAGAUUUAAUACAAGAGACUUUCUGGUGCAAGUUUUUUUUUUUUUUUUUUUUUUUUUGUCUCAGCAACCAAGAUGUAAUAUUGUUGUUCUCAUUGGUAGCAGGUACUUGUGAUUUUUUUCAAGAAAUGAUAAUUUCUUUCUUACAAACAUUAUCGCUUGCUAUACUUCUAUCUGUUUGGAUUGGGGUACAUGGGUAGUUUUUCCAUGAAACUCUUUUCCUGCCUGCUCCAUGUUGAAGUUCUCAAUUCAAUUCUGUUCUUUCUCUGA